AUGUGGUCCUUGCUGUCUCCGCUCUCACGGGUGCUGAUCACCAUCGUUUAUGCAUUUACUGUGUCACCGCAAGUCGGCGUACUUGCCCUCUCGGUCUUUCCAAUCAUCUUCGUGACCGUGCCACAAGGAUCGUCUUCUCAGCUGGCCGCAAUGUAUUCCGUGGCGGCCGCAAACACGAUAGACAUUUUUCAAAACGGCGUCUGCUGCCAGCGCAUGCUUUGGCAAUGUGACCGCCAGAACUAUUGGUUCAACGAGUACCUGCACCUCUGGCGAAUGAGGGGAUAG